CGGUCCCCGCCGCAGGCCGCCACUGCCACCUCAACCUCACGGGGCCUCCCAGGGUCUCGACGCGUGGUCUGCCGGAGUAACCGCGAAGGCGCCCCGCGGCCCCGCAGGACCCCCCUCGUAGAUGCCCCCGGGGCCCUCAGUCGGGCUGCGUGUCACCCCGGCCGCGCCGACCACCCCAGGGCGCGCCCCGCGGCCGUGACACAGCGGGCGAGGGUCCCUGCAAACUAGUCCCUACAGCUUGCACGCGCCCGGGAGGCUCUUGCGUGUGUCCCAACGCACGUGGUUGGUGUCGAACACGGCGUUUGCAAGAAAAGGUUAAAGGGAGGUGGGGGAAACUUCUGGAAAGAUGGCGCUGCAGACCCUGUUCGGGCUGCUGAGCGGCUCCAAGAGGCCAGGACUGGCCCCACUGGGGCGUUUUUCCACUUCCUGUUGUUUGUGUGACCGGAAGAAAAAAGCGAACCCUUAUGAAAAAGUGGAUCAAGAAAAAUACUCUCAUUUAGUUCGGUCUGUCUUGUCCUUCAGAGGCCAGGCCCAGACCCCAGAGUCGCUGUUCAAGGAGGAUGCUUUGCUCUACGGGCCUGUGAGUAAGUGCAAGCCCCCCGGGAAAGAAGAGGCAGCGAAAGCCCCGAAGAAUUGGUUUCCUUUUCUCAAUCCAGAGAGAAGUAGGAAACCGAAUUCAGCGAGUGAGCCUGCAAGUCCCUUGAAAAUACCUUUGCAAAGGAAUGCUAUACCGAGUGUAACCCGGAUCCUUCAGCAGACCAUGACCUCGGAGCAGAUUUUCUAUUUGGAGCGGUGGAAGCAGCGCAUGAUUCUGGAACUGGGAGAAGAUGGCUUUGCAGAAUACACUUCAAACAUAUUCUUACAAGGGAAACAGUUCCAUAAAGCCUUGGAAAGCCUACUUUCACCCCAGGGGACCGAGAAAGAGAAAGAUGAAAAGCUUUUUGAAUCUGGAUACAUUGAGAGUGUCCAGCACAUUCUAAAAGAUGUCAGUGGAGUACAAGCUCUUGAAAGUGCUGUUCAACAUGAAACCUUAAAAUAUGUGGGUCUGCUGGACUGUGUGGCCAAGUAUCAGGGCAAGCUGUGUGUGAUUGACUGGAAGACAUCGGAGAAACCAAAACCUUUGCUCCGAAACACAUUCGACAACCCCCUGCAGGUUGUAGCCUACAUUGGUGCCAUAAACCAUGAUGCCAACUAUAGCUUUCAGGUUCAGUGUGGCUUAAUUGUGGUGGCCUACAAAGAUGGGUCCCCUGCCCACCCACAUUUCAUGGAUUCAGAGCUCUGCUCCCAGUACUGGACCAAAUGGCUUCUUCGACUCGAAGAAUAUACAAAGAAUAAAAACCAGCAUACUCAGAAAGCAGAUUAGGGAAGGACAUUGGUGGGAGACCACUCGCCACUCUCUCAGAGUUUGGGAAGAUAGAGCCUGUGCACUUGGAAAUGACUGGAGCAGUUGUACAGCAGGUAGAAUACUUGCCUUGCAUGCGGCUGACCCAGGUUUGAUCCCCAGCAUCCCAGAGAGUCCCCUGAGAACCACCAGGAUUCCUGAGAGCAGAGCCAGGAGUACCCUCUGGGCAUCACCGGUCUGGCCCAAAAAGCACCCCCAAAAUUAAGGAGAAUGCCACAGGAUCUGAGAGCAACACUUCAAAUGGAAAUGUUAAUUUGUUGAAAUUUGUUGCAAUCAAAAAGACUUAAAAACAAAAAAGUUUUAGGAUCAAAGAACUGGACUUUAGCAAAUAAAAGACCAACUCUGCAACCUCUGACUUCAUUUUGCAGAAAAGAAGGCAAGCCAGACUGACAUGUCGCUCAGGUCUUUGUACUCCCUGUAGACCUCUCCGUAUCCUGGGCAGGAUGCCCAGCCCUUGAUCAGGGGCAGUGAAGCUUGUGAGAGUUUGCCCAGAGCACACCAGGAAGGGGCAACCACCCUGUCUGUGCAGAGGAAAAGUCUUGUAUCAGCAAACCACUACUGCCAGUGCAGUUUUCUAAGAACUGUUUGAGAUACUGAAGCUCUCUAUAUAUUUCACUGUGGGGAGGGGAUUUCCACUUAAUCAGUACUGCCUCUUGAACAUACAACUGGCUCUUCUCUCCCUUCCCACUCCAGAUUUCCCCCCAAAUUUAGGAUGUAGGUCCAUGGUAGAGCGCUUGCCUUACAUGUGCUCUACAUGGAGCCCUGAUUCCAUCUCUGGCACUAAGUAAUAAAACAAACAAAAACAAAAAGUGGAAUUCUCAGUAUAGAAUUCUAAUGGCUGUAUUCUGAUUUGAGUUCCUGGGUCAUAUACACACAGAAAAUGUACUAUUUGUGGAAUUUUUUCAGUUAUGGCAAACAGUAAUAUCCAAUAGCUUUAUCUGUAUUUGAUAAAUAAUAAAAAUUAUUAUCACUGGGUUUGGGAAACCAAAGCAUAUGACCAUGAUAGCCCUAGAAAAGGGUUUGCUGUUUUACAGAGUGUUUUGUUUGUUUGGGGCCACACCUGGUGAUGCUCAGGGUUACUACUGGCUCUGUACUCAGGAAUCACUUCUGGGGGUACUCAGGAGAUCAUAGGGGAAGGAAGAUAGAACUUGGGGAUCAGUGCCAGGAAUUGACCCAGGUAUGUGGCUACAUGCAAGGCAAGUGCCUUACCUGCUCUACUAUCCCAGCCCCAGCUUUUGGUGUAUUGUUGUUGAUAGUGCUCAGGGCUCACUCCUGGUUCUGCACUUCCAAUUAUUUCAGGCAGGACUUAGGGAACCAUAUGUCAUGCUGGGAAUCAAACUCAGGUCGGCUUUGUACAAGGCAAAAGCACCCAACCCUGAGUUAGCAUUUUAAGUUAGAUUUGCCAUCUUGGAGUAAAAGGGUAGAGCCAGAGAAAUAGUGCAGGGGGUAAGGUGCUUGCCUUGCUUGCAGAGCACCCAGUUCCAUUGGUCCCCUGAGCACCACCAGGAGUAAUACAGAGCCAGGAGUAGCCCCUGAGCACUGCCAUGUAUGAACAAAAAUAGGCUUUGUAGAGGCAGACUGGGGGUGGGGGGGUAGGAGGAGGGUAAUUGAGGACAUUGGUGGUGGGAAAUGUACACUGGUGAAUAGGAUGUGGUGAAGGGACGGGUGUUGGAACAUUGCAUGACUGAAACCCAAUCCUGGACAACUUUGUAAAUGUUUUUCUCUUGGUGAUUUAAUUAAAAAUAUUUUUUUUAAAUAGGCUUCUACAAUCAUUUUUUUCUGUCAUUAGUAUGAGAAAUAGAUUUGAGUUAAUAAGGCUCCUUGUUUAUUUUACAAGUCUGAAAAUUGUUCUUGAAUUUGUUUUUAAUUGCUGAAUGAUUUCACUGGCCUAGCAGCUGUGAUAAGUGAGCUUUGUGACAGCUGACUGGAUAAGUAGAGUCAGGAAGGAGAGAGGAGGGUUGAGGAAGAUCUUGUAUUGAUGCAGUAUUCUUCGGCACUGUUUUCAAAGUAGCAUUUGUAGUUGGGAUUUCCAGUUAGAAACCAAGUGGGAUCAUUAAAAAUUGCACCAGCAGAUUUAUUCUAGUAAGUUUCACCCUAGAAUGUAGGGACUAGAUACAGAAAGAGUUCCACACUGUUCACUGGGGUAAAUACAAAUGUUGCUUGAACCUGUCUUUUCCCCAGCUGAUGGUGGUAUGAAGUGUUUGUGAGAGACCCUCAGCGUCUGGCUAGGAGAGCCUGGUUGGUCUGAGAAGAGUGAAAGUACAGCCUGUGCAGGUUCCUCUAACCCACACACCAGGAGUGUCUGAAGCUCAGGUAUCACCAAUUAACUACCAACUCUUUGAGAGGACAAAAAAUGUUAAUCUUUUUGUUUCUGGGCCACAACCAGUGGUGCUGGGUUACUCCUGGCUCUAUGCUCAGGACUGCUGGCAGUGCUCCCAGAGGACCAUGUAGACUUCCAAGGAUCGGUCCUUGUCAGCUGUAUGCAAGGCAAGCAAGCGCCUUACCCACCAUACUAUCACUCCAGCUGCAAGAAAUGUUAAUUUUAACAAAAGUUAGUUUUACUAAUUGGCCAGAAGUGGAGAAAGCCAAAUUUGAUUUUUAGAGAAGUCACAGCUCUUCAAAAUAUGUGUGUGUUCAUUAACAGUGUAGGCUUUUUCCAGUGUGUCCAUGGCCAUGAGACACUUCCCCACCUCGGCCUGCAGCCGCCAAGAGACUCAUGAGGGAAGGAACAGGGUCACCAAGCUGGUUGGUGAUCGGUUGCCAUUUAUUCAAUCUCAGUCCCGCCAUUUAUUCCAUUCUCCCCACGCGCCUAUUCCAGUCUCGCUGCAUGCCCAUUCCCGUCUCACACUGCCCCUCAUUCCCGUCUCCUACUUUUCCCACAGCAAGUCUCCCCGCGCCCAGACCUGCUGCCUUAGUGAAGAGCCCAACUCCAGGAGUUUGGGGUAGCAGAUACACAAAGGUCAGAUAGCACAAACAACAUACGUAAAGCCCUUCCUUCUGGGGAAGCUCUUCUGAGACAAAGAUCUCGUCUUGCUGGAGAUCCGCUCCAGGACAGACUUUCAUGUAAGGGCAUACUUCUUUCCUUAACCCAUAACCAUUUAAACAGCCAUCUUAAAUUUACUUCUUAAUAAUCUUUCUAGUCAUUUUAUAUUAAACUUAUAGGGUGGGACUCCUAGGGACAUCUUACUGUGGAUAUCAGACUACAAUCCUCAGGACAGAUUAGCCCUUCCUAAUACCUGCAGGGUUCUUGUCCAGUCAUUUCUCUUUGGGUUAUGACAGUAUUUGUCCAUGACUGUGCUCUCAUUAUAAGUUUUAUGGUGCUUGGCCAGUCCAGUUUCGAUGCCAGGGUAGCUUAUAGCUUGCCCUGGGUCCAUCCAAAUCCCUUCGUUAGGACCCUGCUUUGGGGCUGCUAGGAACUAAGGGCAACUGAGGCUUAAAUCAAGUAAAUAUGACAGAUUUAGGCCCAGGAGUUAAUAUUAUUCUUAAUCAACUCCCAAGUUACAAAAGCAUAGCAUUGUCUUCCUGUGUCCAUACAGAAAAGACAUUGCUUAAAGUAAACUAUGCAAAGGGCAAAGGGAAAGAGAAAAGCAACAUUUCACUGACAAAUACAAAAUCCAGAGUCCUUAGAAGGAUUUGACCUUACAAGUAACAGGGUCUGAUUUGGUGAUUAACAGAGCAGAGAAGUUAAGACAAACACAGAGGAAGGGGAGUGCCUGGAGAGCACUGUGAUGGGCGGGUGUAACCUGAUAAACCAAACCCCCUUGUGGCAGAGGAGAAAGGACAAACCAAUGUUAUCCUACAAUAUGUAUGUUAUUAAUUUUGUGCUAUUCCCUAUAAUAUGUAUGUUAUUAAUUUUGUGCUGUUCCCCUCAAUGAUCUUUUAAAAAUUUACUGUUGAAUAUCCAUGAGAUAUAGACUAUUACAAAGCUGUUCAUGAUUGGGUUUCAGUCAUACAGUGAUCCAACACCCAUCCCUUCACCAGUGUACAUUUCCCACCACCAAUUCGCUCCCACAUCUCCCCCCACCCCUACCCCAACCCUCCCACAAAGCUUGCCUCUAUGGCAGGCACUUUUCUCAUUCUCUCCUUUUGUGCAUUAUGGUUUGCAAUACAGGUACUAAGAGAUCAUCGUGUUCAUUCAGGGCACUCAGUAUUUUUAUCAGAAUGGUAAGGCUGGAGUAGCUUUUUAACUGGUGGCAGCUCUGGGGUGUGGACAUGACUGCUGAGGCUUCCAGAAGUAUAGGGAGGUGGGGGAGGUAGUUCAUCCUGACCCCCAGAAAAGCCUAGUGACUUCAGUCACAAAACCUGCAUAUCUGCAUUUUCAGCAGAUUUUAUCUCAGUGAGGUCCCUCGCAAGAUGGUGGAGUCCAGCCAUGGGACAUGGUGGUGAUUUUGGAUUGUGGCAGCAAAUGGCUGUCAGGGGCUCUGCUUGGGAGGGCACCGGGCGGACCUGCGCCUUCCCCUCCUCUGAUUUAUCCUGGUCUGUUCAGCCUCCUGCAGGUUCGAGAUUAACUGUGGCAUUUGAUCUCUUUCGAGAUUUAUUUAUGGGUCUCUGAAGCAAGGCUGAUAAAUGAGUUUGUAUAGCUGAGCUGGAGGUGAUUUGUGGGUGUGGCUCCAAUGUAACUAACUUUGGGCUAUUUAAUUUCUCAGAAAACUUGGUUCUGAGUUGUUGGGGUCCGGCCAGAGGCACAGCAGCAAUUCUGGUAUAUCAGGAAGCCUGAAGGCACCAUCAGGUACAGGUUGGCUUGCUGGCAGCACCACACUGCCCUCUCAGCUCACUGAUUUAUCUUAGAAACUCCAGUGAAAUAAAACAGGAUUUCAGAUAAAGAGGGAUUCUCUAGAGGGAGUAAUUUAAAAAAAUAUUUGUUUUGGUUCACACCCUAGGGUGCUCAGGGCUUACUCCUGGCUCUGCACGCGAUCACUUCUAGUUUGAUGAUGUCUUUACAAUCAUAAAAUGAAGUUCUGGAUUAAACCAGUGUUUGAAGUUUUUUCCUUUUGUUCUCAAGAGGUAGGUAGGUAAAGUGAGUGAUGGGGUCAGGGAGAUAAUACAGAGGCUCAGGCAUUUGCCUGUGCGCAGCUGUGUUAAGGUCCAUGGUUCGAAUCCCAACAGCACAGAUGCUGCCAGGUGUGGUCCCUGAAUACCACUGGUUGUGGCAAAAAGAUAAGAAAGCAGGUGACAAAAUAAUACAGCAUAAUAGAUCAACUUCAAAGCCUUUGUCUUACAACAACAAAAUUAUUAUAAAAAAUAAUAAUAAAAAUAAUAAUAAAAAUAAAAUAAAAUAAAUAAAGCCUUUGUCUUUGUUUCCCUAACCUUGUUUGCAUCAUAAGUCUGUUGCCUGUCUUUGUUAUUUUUGUUGGUUUGCUUUUUGGGGCCACACCCAAAAUGCUCAGGGGUUAUUCCUAGCUCUUCACUCAGGAAUCACUCCUGGCAGUGCUCAGGCACAAUAAGGAGUGCUGGAAUCUAACCCAGGUGCCAGGCAAGCCCCUGUGAGCUGUGCUACUUCUCCAGCCCCUGUCCAUGUCUUGUGGCGUUCACCUUCCAUGGGUUUACUCUAUGUGCUGGUUUCCAGGAAUUUUGCUUUCAGGUUUUAAGUUUUUGUUGUUUGAGAUGCAUUUUUCACCCCUGUCGCUUUCAUUUCGUUCUCUCACAUGCUUUUUUUUUGGGGGGGGGUCACACCCGGCAAUGCACAGGGGUCACUCCUGGCUCUGCACUCAGGAAUUACUCCUGGCGGUGCUCAGGGGACCAUAUGGGAUGCUGGGAACCGAACCCCAGUCGGCCUCGUGCAAGGCAAAUGCCCUACCCGCUGUGCUAUUGCUCCAGCCCUCUCGCACACUUGAGUUGUGAUGCUUGAACAUACCCACGAUUGUGGCAUAGGGUAACCUAAAGGCUAUGCCACCAGGAUAGCACUGAACAGUGGAGAGGUGGGGGUGCGGAGGGUCAAACUAGCCGCCUUACGCCUGCAAAGCAGGCACGCAGCCUCUGAGUUCUACUGGACCCCUGUACUUGCAGUUUUUACUUGCUCUGGGUUAACAUUUGUUGUUUCUUUGAGCCUGUGUAGGGCGGGGAACAGAGGGGAGGGGCUCGGCCACACCCAGCUGUGCCCCAGCCUUAUCCCCUGUACUUUGUGACUCCAAUGUUUUUUUCUAAGACCAGUCUAGUCUGACUGCUUCCAGAUCUACUGUAUUUUGCACGUAGUUACCAUCUGACUAAUUCCCUCAUGCUUUAUUGUCUUGCUAAUGGGCUGUGAGGCUGAUGUUCUGCUACUACAGCCAACAGUGCAGUAAACAGCCUGUUUCUCUGGUACAGACACAAGACGUGCAACGUGGUAGAAGUAGGACAGAAAUUUUGGCCCUGCCACUUACUAGUUUGUGACCUUGGGCAAGUUACCUGAUCU